CCGGCAGCCGGGAGCACUAGUCGGAGGUGCGCGAGCCGGGCGGAGGUUGCAGAAUUCUCCUUCGUAAUACAGCACUUACAGCCAGAUGGCUUCAAGCUUAAUGAGCAUCUUUUUGUGCCAGUUUUGAGAACAAAUGGUACUGGGGCUGAAGGAGCUUACUGAUCAGCAGCAGCAAUGUCACAGUUAAAGUGCACCUCUGGAGGUGGUGGGACUUGAAUUCAGGCCUCCUAGCUCAGAGUUGUGCUGGCUAGCAGUAUUAGAAGCCCAGAAGAAAGCCUGCAUAUAGGAUCUAAAUCUGAGAUGGCAAGCAGAAGACAAGAAAUGGAUAGGACGCAAAGGAAAGAGAAUACAGACCAUCGUGACCGCAGGCUUGUUGAAUUUGAAAAAUUUGAUCCAGCCAACACAGAUUCUAAAAUCGAAGCGCUGAUCUCAUCUGCUGUUUCACCAAACAACAAUACCUUCUUUGAAAAUAUGUCAUCAUUGUACACCGUCCCGGAACAUAGACAUCAUGUAAAGUGUGAAAGCUCUAAAGCUGGAAUUCUGAAACACAACAGCCAGAAUGAAGAGGAGAUAAAUGCUGGACUGCUUUUAACUGAGACUACAUGUAAAAAGUAUGCUCUGAGGAAAAAACCAAUGAUUCAGUAUAAUCGGGAAAAUAGCUUGGAACAAAUAGAGUUUGAAAAAUACUGUAAGGGUAUUUCCAUUCCUUCAGCAUCUGCAGAAGCAUGUCAAGAUUAUGGAGCAGUCUCUCGUUUGCCUCUUAAAAGGACACUUUUAAAUAAGAGCCCAAAAACUAAAUGCAAAGGCAGUCGGAAGAUGUUAGUUAAAAUAGCAAAAAUCAAUACCCAGAAGUAUCAGAUGUACACAGAAAGAAAGACAAAAGUGUGCCAAAAGCUUUUAAUGCAUAAUAAUGUGAGUGCAGGAGUCAAAACACAUCAUGUUACUAUGCCAGAACAAAACACAGCUGUGUUACCAACAGUGAAGAAAGGCAGGAGGAGCAAGGUGAUGGUGUUACCUGCGAGUGAUAUUCCUGUUGUUAUCAAAAGGAAAAGAGGUAGGCCAAGGAAAGUAUUACCUGAAGGUAGCAGUGAAGCUACCAAUCAUGUGAAAAGAAAGCCAAGGCAUCACAAACUUUCUCCACCACAACCGACUUAUAUUGCUGGAUCCAAUGACAACACAACAGACUAUGCAGAUGUUUUGUCCAAAUUGGCCUUUUUAACUAAACAGAGUCUGAUCUUGGGUCGAUGCUCACCACCCAGGUGUUGGUCUCCUAGUGAUCCGGGAUCAUUUCAGAGAUCAGCUUCUAUGCAUCAGGACAUGUCUCAGUUUUAUCGUACGUUGGCAGGUACUCGAAGGAGAGGUGGAAAAGCAGGGUGUUCACGAGGAAGGCAAAUGGGCCAAUUUGCAGAAUCAUCUUCUACUUUCAGUGAUUUCUUUGAGGGUAUUGGAAAGAGAAAGCGGAUAUUCCUGGGUGAAACAAAAUUGUAUGCCAGAAAAUGCAAAUGGGGCACAGAAAUGAAAGAGAAGCCUGUUCAAAGGAGGAAACCAUAUAAGCGUGCGCUUCCAUUUCCAGAACAUGGAAUUUUUCGGAAUAUGAAUGCCGAAAAUUCAGAAUGGGCAAGACAAAAUGAAAACUUCUGGCCCAUGAGCCAAGGUUACCCUUCAAAGCAACCAAUCAGAAACGGUUUAUAUCCAUCUUACCCUGGAAUGUCUACACAGUCAUUUCCCAAUACUAUUUGGGAGUCCGGUUCUAUGUCAAGGAAUGGCUAUUUGAUGGGCUGUUUGUCGUCCAACCAAAGCAGUGUUGCUCAACAAAGCCCUGGCUGCAUUGCCGGAUAUUUCCGUUCUUUGCUGGAUUCAGAUGAUUCAUCAGACUUGGUGGAUUUGUCAUUUUCACAGACUGGGCAAGAAUCAUGUAAUCUCAGUGGAAGCUUUGGGGUCAGCAAUUCAGCACAGCCGUCAAGACACUUAACGCAUUACCAAGAAGGGUUUGAUAAAACCAAUUCUCCCAGUUGUGCUGGCAGCCAGCAACAUACGAAUCAAACAGCACAGGCUUAUCCACAAAUGAUUGCAGACAAUUCAGAUAGUGUUGAUUUCGGCUCCUCGUAUCAUACUUCUGACUCGGAAAGUUUCCAAAGAGUUGCUGUUCAGCCACCUCUUUCUAGACAGACUGGAGUUUCAUGCCAACAGACUCCAGAUAACUUUGUUCAGUAUAGUAAUUACAGGCCAAAAGCUCAAACUUUCAGUAAUUCAGAUGUGCUACAGCAACCUCGAGAAUAUUCUGGACUUGACUUUCCAGGUAACAGAGAUUGUACUUUUGGCUAUGACAGAAGCAAUAAUGUUACUUCAUCUCAAGCUAAUUCAACUGAGACGUACAGCCAUCAUGUAAUUGGAUCGAAUCUACAUUUCAGUAAGACGUCUUCAUUUAAUGCUUUUAAGCCAGAUCACAGUCCUCUGACUUUACAAACUUCUUUAACUUCUGAGGGUCAAUCUGAUGCAGCCUGUUCUAUGGACCAUGCAUCUCAGAAAUAUUUAAAUUCACUGCAGUUAUCAGCUGAUGCCUCCAGGAUGGCGUUUUCAAGAGGACUUCAACUGAGCUGCAAAUCCAGUUUUAAUCUUUGCGAUGGGAAUAUGGCAUACUUUAAUCACCAUUACGCCCCAGUGUUGGAUUACAACCUGAAUGAGUCAAAAGACAUCUUGGAUAUUUCAAACUAUACACCCCAGAAAGUAAAACUAAGGUCCUUUCCAGAGACUUACAGCGAAUCCUCAUCCAACUUUAACACAUCUUUUGAGAAUUCUGAAGGAGGUGUUAACAUUUGCGCUAAUAUGGCAAGUGAAGAGAAAUCUAGUCUCUCAAGUUUGGAAAAAUUGAUGAUGGACUGGGAUGAAACAGUACCUGUUGAAAGAGCUGGACCAAAAGUUGGUUCUAGACGUCAGUGGAACCACCACAUCCCAUUCCCCAGUGAUUCAAGAGCUGUGUAUGGAAGACGGAAACGAGUUGAUAUGUCCAGCCCUUCUCAGUUGGUUUUUCCAGCUUCACCCUCAUUUCCGUCUAGAAAGGCUGCAUUACCGAGACAAAUGAGGAGCACCAGGGGACUUUGUGCUUCAAAUAAGAGAGAACAAUUUAUUCGCAAAUCAAAGCUGUUACAGAGAGCACAAGGGACAAACCCUAUAUUCUCUGAAAGUGCAGACUGUGGUUUAGAUUAUGGCUAUAGUCCAGAUAGCAGUAUACCCCCAACACUUUCUAACACCCAAAACUUUCAAGUUCAAAAAAAUGAUCAGAAGGAAUAUUGUAGCUUAUACUCCUCGGGCUGUUCGACACCAAUGCCCGAUGAAAAUUAUUCCCCAAGAUUUUCUGGCAAUGAUGUUCAAGAGGCUCUGUAUUCAGACCUAAAGCAGUCUGCAUUAGAAGCAGAACCCUUUCAAAGCCCUCACCAGCAGCUAUCUGUCCAAGCAUUGCAACAUUCAAUCAACCCUGAUCAUGAAGGACUUCUGUCUGAGAACCAAGAUUUUUUUAGUUUGCGCACCCCGGGCUACGUGGACAAUCUAGAGUCAAGUGAAGGGAAAAAACAUUCGGCUUUUUACGACGCAUUGGAAAACAGCUCAGGAACAGAUGUUGCUCCAAGGACAGCAUCGACCAGCAGAGAUUUGUCAGUGUCACAGCUCCAGUUUGAACCUGACAAUCCAGUUUUGGAAAGGAGCACCAGAUAUUUGCAGAAUUCUACCACUUGCAGUUCAGUAGUUGAGACCAAGAAGGAAGCUGAUAUGUCCCUGUUUUUAAUGCAGGGAAGAAAUAAUCCACCCAGUUCUGCACACCAAAUGAUCCCUCUAAACAUGGUAGCACAAAUGGACAAAGAAACACAGAAGAUGGCAAUAGAUUACAGCAGUUCAGCAUACGCUAAUACCAUGUUAACUACAGCAAAUGCAUCGCCCGCAUCAAGUGAUUCUUCUAUUCAUGUGGACAAUAACUACAUAGACAAACAAGGGAACCGUAGACAGGCACCAAUGGGCUUACUACUAGACCAAAAUCAGGAUGAGGUGUACACAGGAAAUGCUUCACAGUGACUUAUGAUGAUAUUGGAAGAAAUUCAGUGCAAUUAGGAUGAUUGGAUCAAGGGUUUUUUGGAGCAAUUAAGAACGCACAUAGUCUGCAUGAAUUCAUUGGAGAGUUUUGUUGUGAACUGACUUAUUCAGGAAAACUGCAUUUCGGCUUUAAAGAGUAAUAUUAAGAUGGACUCCUGCAAAGACAAUCACAAAGAGUUGUGGGAAGGUGAGCAGAGGAUGCAGACAGAGGAAUUGCACUUUGAAAACUGCAGUGAAGAAGCUGUUGCUAUAUUCACAUUUGAAAAAAAAUAUGAAAAACUGGCUGCAAAAUGCUGACUCUUCUCUCAUACACAAUCCAUCUUUUAGACAGCUACAAAAAUGAGGUUCUUGGAUGCACUUAUUCAGCUGGUACGUAUAAUGUUUGUACAGUGUAAAUAUAACUUCUGAUUUUGUGAUCUUUCACUUUAUUGCUUUCAAAACAGUAUGGUUCCUCUUUGGAAAUUUAAAAGUGCACUGUAUAAAGCUUUCUAACAUGUAUUCCAUUUAAGUAACUGUAAAAUGUCACGGAAUUUUCUUUUGCUAAAAUACCAUUGUUCAUUGUCUCUCGAGCUUUUUUUUUACCAUGAAGCGUCAGUGAGCUUGCUGUCUCUAAGUUAGAAGUUCUAAAUGCCACUUAAAAGGUUUGUACUUAACCUGGAGUAUUGGAUGGAGGAAAAGACAUGCACUGUACAUUUUAGAUGACAGCAGUGACAAAAUUAGGGAUAAUUAGGGAAAAGAAUCACACUAAUUCUUCACUCAUUUUUUCUUCAGAAUACAAGAAUCGCACAAGAAACAUGGUACUGAUAUGCCAUACAGUGUGUAUUUUGGCAGCUCUAUAAUUGCUUGGAGUCAGCUAAGAUCGCUGAAAUUGCAAUGCUGUCAACAGCUCUUGAUCCAUUUUUUGUCACCUCAUUAUGUAAUGACAAUACAUGUUGUGUUAUUAUAAAUACAUAUGUUUUUUUAAAAGACUAAAAUGUACAGUUUUUAUAAACAGUAUUUAACCAAGGAUGGAGUAGAUGUGUCAUCAAGGGCACCAGCAGUUCAUGUUACUGUACAAAUGUAUCUGUAAAUUCUUUAUAUCGAUAUAGCUAGUGCUUCAAAUAUGCACUGAAAUGUUUGCCUGGGGAAUGACAGAAAAGGUUAUAACGUAUUUAAUGUAUAUAAUGUUUAUUUAAGAUGUGUUUUUAUUGUAUUCUGUACCUACCUGUAGUAAUUGUUGUGAGGUUGCAAGAUUGGUUUUUAGCACAUUUUUUUGCCUUCAUGCAGUGUGCACCCAAAGAUAUAUCUUUGUAAAACAAUUUCGUAUGGACUUUUUAUUUGUAAGAUGCAGUAUUAUACGAUGAAUUUUGGAGUACAGAUGAUAAUAAGCUCAGGGUGUCAUUUCUGUUGACUUGCCUGAUUUGAUCUGUUUAUUGAGUGGUUUGUGUGGAAAAAUAUGAACAUUUUUAACCAUUUUUUAAACAAAUCGUCUUCACAUUACGUGUUCUUGAAGUUGUACUCAGUGACUGCCUGAUUGUGUUUAGUUCAGUCCACAUAAAAUACAGAACCAGCAUUACCAUAGAUGAGCUUUUCUCCUUGUUUCACCCCUUCCCUCAUCUUUUCCAGAUUUACGUUUUUGCUUACACACACAAUAAAUAACCUGCAUGCAUGGUCUACUGCUCACAGCGUCCAAGAUGAGAAUCACACCUUACUCCAGUGCUUACCUAAGUGAGGAUCAUCAGCUGUAGAACAUAAGGUGUGGGCAAUUGCUGCUGUCACUGAGAUUGUGCAGUGGUCUUCAUCACUUAAACCAUUGCAGCUGUUGUGACCUACUUAAGAUGAAAUAUGAUCAUUAGUCAUGCAUUCAGUGUCCAUAUAUUUCAUUAAUUCCAUCUGCAGUUCAGGGAAAAUAACCUAAAUUCUCAAGAGUUAUACUGAUCUCUAGAAUGGCAUGACUGUCCUCUGAGGAUGAAGACUAAGCCUACAUUCUCUAGAGUCUAAAAGUGUGAGAGAUGAUUUCAUUGAAGCACACAGAAUUCUUUCAGGAUUUGACUGGAGAGACAUGGAGGGUUAUUCCCUGGCUGGGUUAGUUUGAAUCAGGAGAUAUUGUCUCUGGAUGUGGAUCAGGUCAUUUAGGACCAAGGGAAGAAGGAAUAUCUUCACACAGAGUUUAGUGGAUCUUUGGAGUUCUCUACCACAGAGUCUGAGAGGGCUCAGUCAUUCAGUAAAUUCAACACUUGUCUUCAGUAGAGUUGUUGGCAGUGAAGAUAUCAAGAAAUGAGGUAGUGCAGGAGAGACGAAGUUGCAAUAGAAGAUUAGCUGUGGUCUAGUUAAAUGGUGAAACAGACUCAAUGAGUCAAAUAUUCCUGAAAUAUCUGCAGGACUGAAACAAUUUCUUUCAGGGCUUUUUGUAGCUUGCAGUCAAAAGUUCUGCAAUUGGCUUGGUCUGUUCUGCUCCAUGGGACUCUUAAUUUUGCAAGAUUGAGUGAUUCUAAACUGAAAAUCAGAGCUGAACCCUGUGCUGGUAGAAAGUCAGCUGCUGGAAUAUGUUGUAGGCUGUUUCUCCUCCAUUUCACUGAACUGUAAAUUACAGCACCUCUAUGCCGCUCUGUCUGACUGAUGGGAAUGAAGACGGUAACUGUUACCUGCUAUUAUCAACUGUUACAGGUGCUGAGAUAGAGCAUUCUACAGGUGUUUCCCAUGGCAGUCGAUCAUUGCUUUGCAAAAAGUUACAUGUUGGCCAUUCUCCAGCCAAGCAUUGUGUACCUCCUGUUCAUGAUCUAAUAUACAAAAUCAAAUGUUGGGAGAAAUAUAUCUUACCUCCAUUCUGGCAGAGCCACUUCUCUGAUUUGCCUACUGGAGCAGGUCAUUUCAAAAUGGUACAUCGGGUGAUUUAAAAAAAACAGAAUCAUUUGUCAUCUGACUCUGUCAGACAAUUUUUAAAAAGGUGAGAAAUUAGUUUAAAAAAUUGAUUUAGCCCUAAAUCAAUAACUAAUGUGUCAGCCUUAGAUUAAUGGUUGCCACCUUUCCUCCAAAUCUAGAGGCUCUGGGUUUCAACCCAAGCCAGAGAUUUCAAAAUGUAAUUGUUGAGUUUAUUACUGAGGGAAGGCUGCACAGCGAAGAAUGCUGUCUUUUGGGUGAGAUGUCCCAGAUGGAUAUAAAACAUUGUGCAGUACUAUUUGGAAAAAAAGGGAUUUCUCUGUCCUCACUGGUAUUUAUUCCUCAACUUAGUAAUAAACUUGGCAAAUCAGCUGCUGUAGCAUCCCAAAGCUUAUCCUGAGAUGGUGAGCAGUAUUAAAUAAAAGCCAGUUCUUUCCAGACAAAAUAAUGAAAUCCAUUCUAAAGGUUCAGUUAGAGAAGUAAUUACGAAGGAAAACCGAUGUGAUUUAAAAAUAAGUCACACCAGGCAACUUGUUCGAUAUCUUUUGAAGAUAUUUCCUAUAAAGUGGCUUUUGGAACUCCAGGUGGUAUAAUUUUACAAAAGCAGAACACUGCAGAUGCUAGAGCUCUGAAAUACAAACAGAAAUUCAACAGGUUUGGCAGCAUCUGUGAAGAGAGAAACUGACUCAAUAUUUCAUGUCCAAUAUGAUUCUUUAUAAGUGAAAAUUUUGUUUGAUUCAGAAGGUAUUUGACAAAGUUCCAUUUGAAAGGCUUUUAAUUUACCUGCAACAGAGAACAUGUGAUGGCAACAAAACCAUCAAUUUCCAUUUGUGUAACACCCUUCAUACGGAAAAAAUUCUUAGAAAUGAUGGUGUUGAGUGAUAUCACCAGAUCAACGUUUGGACUUCGUUUCUUAUGUGCAUACACGAUCUGAAUAUCAAAAUCGCUGGUUACCUUGCCACUUUUCCAACAACGCUGGACAUUAAGGAUGCACUAAAACAUAUAUCAGAAUUGCAUAUGGGCCAACAAUGAAGAAGUGGGCACUAUUACAGAUAAGUUGUAAAAUAUGCAUCACUUGGAGUUGCAAUAUACUUUUCUCGGCUUUCUUUUCUGGUAUUAAUUAACUAAAUUCUUCUUUCUUGUCCUUUUAAAUUGGCACAAAUUUGAAUUCCUGAACUGUUUAAUUUCAAUGAUUGUCAUGCUUUUUUCAGGUUUUAUUCUUCCAGCUUGUGGGUUUCUUCAAAGGAUUAGCUUGAACCAUUACUUUUCCAAAAGGUGUUUAGAUUUGGUUGUGGCCAAGUAGUUAAGAGAAUGGAUUUAAAACCCAUUGAAUCCUCCUCAAGGUUCAAAUCCUUUAAGGGUCUUGUGAUACAGUGAUCGUACUCCAUCUCUGGCCAGAAGAUCUGUGUUCAACUCCUCUUCCAUAGGAAGUGUGUCAUAGCAGGUCAAAGAAAAUUGUGGGUGACUGGUGAGUGUUAGGUCAUUGCUCACCAGGAGUUACUACAGGAUAUAACAUUUUGAUUUUUCGUGAGUUUUCCACUUAUUAACGUUUCAGCCAUUCCUUUGCUGAGGCCCUCCCUUCAAUUUUGAUACCUGAUUCCUUAUUACUUUAAAGUUAGGAUUUGUUUCAUUGGUAAUUUGCACAGAGAUCUGUCUGAACAUGGUUUAUUAUAUGAUUAAAGCAGCACAGAAUUCUGUAUAAGAUGCCAAACAAACUUCCAGUUUAAAAAAAACACUUGCACAGCUCCUUGAACACACUGAAACACCCCCAGGCGCUCUCGUAAUCAGUUUCUUUCAUUUCAAAAUUGGGGAAAAUCAUUUCAAUUAGAGAUUUACUUAUCGUAUUAAUUGGCUUUUUUUUACUAAAUCAUUUCAGGAACUUAUAAAAACUCAUUGUAAAGUUUCCCAGACGUGCAGAUUGUUACUUGUAGAUCUUCCUUAAGUUGGGCAACAAUCAAAAUUCAUAUCAUGAUUCAUGUCAGUAACUUAUUAAAUUAAACAACUGCAAUUUUGUGAAUGCAAUGAAGUAACUUCCUCUCCUCCUGUUUGCAAUUAAUUGCCAUAAUUUUAAGGUUCAUAUGUGACUGGGGAUAAGUGUACACAGUUGCUUUGCUGAUAAUAGAGUGCUUCUGUAGACCAGAUAAUUCUCCCUUAUUUUUCUUCAAUUGGGAAUGAGCCUCUGUCCUUUUUUGAUCUGUGUCCCUCUAUUCUCUCCCGAUUCAUGUAACCAUCCAGAUGCUUCUUAAAUGUUGUUCAGGUGCCUGCUUCUGCCACCACCUCUUGCAGUGCAUUCCAGGUUCCUACGACCCUCUGCGUAAAAAAACUUUCCUCACACAUCUCCCUUAAACUUUUGCCCCCUCGUAAUUGAAAGUUCAACCCUGGGAAAAUGCCUUUGAUUACCCACCCUCUCUAUGCCUCUCAUAAUUUUGUAGACCAGUAUCCGGUCUCCUCUCAGCGCCACAUUUCCAGAGAAAACAAUCAUAGAACAUAGAAAAGUGCAGCACAGUACAGGCCCUUCGGCCCACGAUGUUGUGCCGUGGAAUAACCCUAAUCCAAAAAUAAAAUAACCUAACCUACAUUCCCCUCAAUUCACUGCUGUCCAUGUGCAUGUCCAGUAGUCGUUUAAAUGUCACUAAUGACUCCGCUUCCACGACUAUCACUGGCAAACUAUUCCAUGCGCUCACAACUCUGAAGAGGGUGAAGAACGUCCCUCUGACGUCUCUGCUAUACCUUCUUCCUAACACCUUAAAACUAUGACCCCUCAUGGCAGUCAGUCCUGCCCUGGGGAAAAGUCUCUGGCUAUCGACUCUAUCCAUGUCUCUCAUUACCUUGUAUACCUCAAUCAGGUCACCUCUCUUCCUCCUUCUCUCCAGAGAGAAAAGUUUGAGCUCAGUCAACCUCUCCUCUUAAGACAAACCCUCCAGUCCAGGCAGCAUCCUGGUAAACCUCCUUUGCACCCUCUCC